AGUUAUUGCCAGCUCAACAUAUAGACAACUCCAACAGAUGUUAAGGCUACCAACACGAUUGCCAGCCAAGAAAAUCGUGAAAAAUAAAUCGCAAACUAUAACUGAAUAAAUCGUGCAAAUAAACGGCAGAUCUUCAGAAUGCGACACGUUUCAUUUGUAGCGCUGCUGGCGCUUGGCCUUGGUGCACUGACUGCCGUCUGUGGCAACCACCUGCCAGAAGCGGCUGCCUUAAAUCUCAAUGAAAGGUUCUUUGACGAGGUCAGGGAGCUCAUCAAGCGCCGCAUGGAGACCAAGCAGGUGCCGUUGGUGGUCGAUGAAGUGGCUCUGCAGAAUCAACGGAGCUAUGACAAUGUGCCCAUACCUGCGGCCAGUGUGCCUGUGCCAGUGCUCGUCGAGAAUUGGCCCACCGAUCAGCACAGUUUUGGACAAGUCACUGCCGUCUCUGUGGAUCCCGAGGGUAAUCCAGUGAUUUUCCAUCGCGCCGACCGCUAUUGGGACGUAAACACCUUCAACGAGAGCAACAUUUACUAUCUCAUCGAAUAUGGGCCCAUUAAGGAGAAGACCAUUUAUGUGCUGGAUCCGAAGACGGGCGCCAUCAAGACUGGCUGGGGCUCCGAUAUGUUCUACAUGCCGCAUGGCAUGACUAUUGAUGCACACGGCAACUACUGGAUAACCGAUGUGGCUAUGCAUCAAGCCUUUAAGUUCCGGCCCUUUGAGAGCAAACCGCAGCUUGUGAUUGGCAAGCGUUUCCGGCCUGGUGGCUCCGUCAAGCAUCUGUGCAAGCCAACCUCCAUUGCGGUUGCUACAACCGGCGAGUUCUUUAUCGCCGAUGGCUACUGCAAUAGCCGCAUACUCAAAUUCAAUGCAGCUGGAAAAUUGCUACGCAGCAUUCCACAGCCACCCGAGUUCCUGUCGUUGCAGGUGCCACACGCUAUCACAUUGCUGGAACACUUGGAUUUACUCUGCAUUGCUGAUCGCGAGAAUAUGCGCGUUGUGUGCCCCAAAGCUGGCCUUAAGUCAUCGCAUGGAGAGGGUCAACCUGCCGCCACCAUACAGGAGCCGGAUCUGGGUCGCGUCUUUGGCGUCAGUAGCUAUGGCGAUAUUGUUUUUGCUGUGAAUGGACCCACAUCAAUGCUACCGGUACGUGGCUUCACCAUAGAUCCACGCUCCGAGGCCAUUAUCGGCCACUGGGGCGAGUUUAAGAAUCCACAUUCUAUAGCCGUCAGCGUUAAUGGUUCGGCGCUGUAUGUGACAGAGACGGGCACCAACCAUCAAACGAAUCGCGUUUGGAAAUAUGUCUUGGCUUGAGGCAUUGGUCACCAAAUCACGCACACUGUCAGCACCCGAAAGACUCUGAAACACGAACGGCAUAUCCAAAAAGAGAAAACAGUUAAUAGCAGUUAUGAACUACCAGAAUAUCUAUAGAUCCCAAUAAGCCGGUCCCCUAAAAAGCAGCAACAGAAAACCAAAUAGUAAUUGUGGCGAAAACACACACGGACACACACAAUUAUUUCAUAUGAUUAAAAUCAAUAGUAGUAAUUAUUAAAGUACAAUAUAAGUAUGUAAAUUGCUUGACAAACAAAUACCACAACAAACAUAACCUCAAAAUUUAUGUUUUGCACUGUAAUGAAGCAAAUGGAAUUACAACGCAGCUUAUCUAAAUAUAUAACUAUCAAAUACGUAAAUAUGCGUGGGCGUGAGAAUUACCAAUGCACCAUUGAAAUGCAUCUAAAACUUAUAUAAAUAAAUCACUUACAAGUAUGUAUCAUAUUGUAACCCGCACAAAUAUAUACAUAUAUAUAUAAAUGUGUACUAUAUCUUUAUUAUAUUAUAAUCCAUGUAAAUUAUGUAUGUAAUAAACUGUUGUUGUUGUUGUGCAUAUAUUAAAGCCUACACACAAGAAAAA